CCCAUUGUGCCGCCUAUUAAUAUAAAAUAUAAAUGUAAAAUUAUACAUUUAGGAUGUGAAUACAUUUAAGAGAGUAAAUGACUGGAAUUCAACAUUGGGCUUGGGACAGAAGUGCCAUUAAACUGUAACUAAACUAUAACUAAUAGCAUCUGAUAUGAGGGUGAUGUAUAUGUAUGCAAAUAUGUCAUUUGUCACUUGUAAAGUGCUGGAAAAGUUUGAACAUGCAUCUGGAAAGUGCUUUAAAAGUGCUUUAAUUUGUAUUUAAAAAAGAUGUAAGAACGCUGUUUAUCACUUGGGCAUCUACGAAAGCCUGUAACACAAUCUGUGUAGCAGAGGCGGGAAACAGCUGCCUACAUCUCUCUGUUGGUUCCCAUGACUUAAUCUAUGAGGCCAUGAAGUCAGUCUGGACACUCCUCAGAGGCUGUGAGAGCCUGGAUUUCACUAAGUGUGUUUUAUAUAUAGUAGACCGACAGUUUGGAAAUUUAGUUUGAAGUUUAAGAGGAAAACAGGCUAUUAAAAGUGCUUAAAUAAUACUCCACAUCUUUCCCUUCUCUGCCUUCAGUGUCUUUAAUGCUGACUGCACUGGAUAAAAGUUCUUGAGAGGCCUGUUUAGUUUGGCAGGUUGUGUUAGGGGGCAGAGCUACUGUAAACUCACAUCCAGCGAAGGAGGCUGAUGCAAUCCCUGUGUAACUACACAUACUCCUCAGCUUUCAGCCUGCCAUAUAGACUGCGACCACAUGUAACCCUUAACAGACUUUGUGAAGUUUUCUAUUUACUCCUUUUCUCUCUUACAUCUAAAGUUUUUUAUUAUUAUUAUUUCACGUGUUUGCAUUGCUUAAUAUAAUGCAGAAGCUGCCACACUAUUCUUUCAUUGGUAAUAAGUCUUUGUGAGAGGAAGCUGACCCAUCUGGAAACACUGCAUGAGUUGUUCAUUGUGAACAGAUCACAUGUCUUUCAGUCCUAACUGCUUUCCAAACUAAACCUACUUUUAGAUUGACUUAAAAUAGAGAAAAGAUACACAGAAUAUGUGCAUGUUCGCCAGCAGUAAAGAUCUGAAGAAUAGAUUUGCUUCUCUCUUUCUUUGUUAGCAUUAUCAUAGCUUGCAACAAACAAGUUUUAGUUGUGUGUUUGCUCAGACUUGACGUUAUGAAUCAUGUAAUUGUUAGUUUUUUCUCCCCUUAAGACAUAUGCCAACCACAAGACAUUCUUUUAGCAGGAGCAAAGCUGCAUUUAACUCUCCUCUCUGGAAAUCAUUAGUGCUUUAUCUGUUGUUUAGUACUGGUUGAGACCCUUCAGACAGCUUCGUAUUUUUAGAGUGGGCAGCACCGAUCAAAAUAACACAGAGAGUUUGAUAAGAAGGUACUUGGACAGAAAUGUAGCGGUAAUUGUCUCAUGUCCGUUGCUGUUUCAAGUUUACUUCCUUCCUCAGACAUCUGCUUCGUCCCAACAGAGCAGUUAUAUUGUUAUCUAAACAGUUCAGUCAGCCAUGUUUAGUGAGCAUUCUCUAUGUUUAUCCUCUAAGGGGUCAUAUGGGUUUCUGAGACUUAGCCAGGUGUUGCUAUGUUGUGUGUCCGUAGGUGUCCUUACCUUCAUGGCCAUGGCGUUUGUUUUGAAAAAAAAAAUCUAAGGGAUGUGGCAGAGGCAUGUGCUGGGUAGGAAAACUGUUUCUUUCUGUUUGGUCUGUCUGAAAUAAAGUGAAGAGAGAACUGACUUUCUGUACUCUUUACACAGGACUACAUGUGUUUUGAAUAGAUAUGAUUGGGAUAUGAAUAGAGUGAUUAAUUUUAUUUAACUAAGCUUUGAAUAAUUCUUUUAAAUACCUUGUGUUUAUGAAGCAAGAUAAUAUUAAUAGGCUAUGUUCAAACAGUAGUCUGUGUGCUGAAUGAGAGAUGACAGUGGUUUCUUGUUCAGUGUCACGAGGUCGUGGGUGACAGUGGGAGGGCUCACACCGAGGUUAGGGGUCAGUAACGGAUCAACAAAGAUACAGAGAUCUUUCUGUGACGCUCCCUUAACAGAAGGUUGUGUCAAAUAUUUAGCGUGUGUGUGUGUGUGUGUGUGUGUGUGUGUGUGUGUGUGUGUGCGUGUGUGUGUGUGUGUGUGUGUUCAGUGUUUCUAUAAACAUUCUCAAUCUCUUCUCUGUAGCUUACAGUGGCCACACCCCUGUACUGAUGACAUCAUCUUUUAUAAAUUAUUCUUGGCAUUUUUUGAACACAGUUGUGAUUAUUUGAAUGCAAAACAUGUGCGUCUUUGUUCUACAGAGGAAAAAAGGAAAUCAUACAAAUUUGUGUUGACAUGAGGGUAGACUUUUUGAUGAACUGUGGUUAGUUGUUGUACCUUUUACUAUUACCAUUUACUAACAUUUAAAAUGUUCAUCAUAUUGUGUUCUUUUUGUUAUUCAUGCAGUUAGUAUAAGUAGUUAUGUUGUGUAAAUCUUUAUGCAGCUCAUUUUGUCAGUAAGCACUUCCCUUUCUGAGAUCUGUUUCUUUAAGAGAAGAGGGAGGAGGAGGGUGGACCGGCUCUGGGUUUUGAACGCCCCUUUUUUAAACAGAAAUUCCUCUCUCAAGAGUUUGGCAUUUUCUCUGAGCUCACACACCGAGAGCCCGCGCUCCUGUUGCACACAGUGACAAAAGGGGGGAUUUUCAAACAUCCUGAAUGAGAGGACUGCUUUUGCCCUCGGCACACGCCGCAUCUGUAAAGGAACCCAACAGGGUGAACUUUUCCUUACACGACAACUUUUGUUCAAAGUGGUGGAAAGAACAUCAGCUGGGCCUCAUUUUCAGCAUCUGGACGAGUGGAUCGGCAUGGGCUAGCCCCGACCAUUCCUAUAGAGCUGAAGUGGACUGGAGAAGGAGCAGGAGGAGGAUGAGUGUUUACACCCUCAACCUCAGGUUUUUCUGGCCUUUGGUCACUUGCAUCCUCACUGCUCUGCUGCUACUGCAUCAGUACAUCUUUAGAGGAUUGGAGGACCAAGGAAGCGACUGUGCUGACCAGGGACCAGGAGUUGUUACACUUUUCAAGUACAUUCUGGCAUUUAUUCUGUGUUACUUCUUUAUAAGAUACUGCUCAGGUCAGCCUGGCUCUGUAAGAAGGGGUUUCCACAAAGUCCUAGAGGUGCAUGGAAAGUCGGGAGUCUCCAAGCGAGAGCUACUGGACGAUCACUAUGAGAGGCAUGUGCGCCUCUCUCCACAUGUUCUAGGCCACAGCAAAGCCCAUGUUGCCAAAUUGGUCAGUGAACUUGUCAGGGUGGGCCGUACUGACGUCCCACCAGAGUCUUCUCUAGCCUUCAGGGGAGACUUCAUCCAGAUUGGCAGCUCCUAUGAGGAGCACAAGGUGGGCUCACCUGAUUGCUUUGACAUCCUCGUACCUCUGCGAGCUCCUCGUGGGCUGAAACUGGAGACAAGCGCUUGCACUGACAAACAUGGAGGACCACCGCUGUGCACACUGAACACACCUCGCAAGGCAGAGUGGACACGCCGUCACAAGGCCUUUACUGACACAUUCAUGCACAGUUCUCAAAAUGUCUAUAAGAUGAGUCCAGAUUCUGUCCAGCGCUGGUUUUACACAGCCACUCAGCGCUGCCUUGCUGCCGUACGUUACCCUUUUGACCAGCGCUGCUCCCUCAGUCUCUCUCUCAGUGAAGAGCAGCAGGUUCUCCUCCGUAUGACCCCCCGCUCUGAUUACGUCUGCUGUCACAUAUCAAUGGGCAUUCGGCUGAUCCCAGCAUUUCCUCUCAGUGAUGGAGGAUUUUUGGUGGCAUCCCAGCAAGGAAAGGACCUUUGGACUGUGUAUUUUCCUAGACAGGAGCAGAGACUGCUGACAUGCCUGAAAGGUAGACUGCCUUCCAACUCCUGCCAUCUGAAGUGCCUUCAGCUCCUCAAGGAGAUCCGUAACCUCAGUGGAGAGGUGCUGGACCAGCAGUCUGGAGCAGAAUGGGGAACGGUGCUUUCGUCUUAUGCUCUGAAGACCGCCUGGAUUCGUCUGCUGCUCAGUACACCCCCUGAGGCCUGGGACGAGUGCAACCUUGUGGACCGGUUAGAUGAUCUUCUCCGCAGUCUAAGGGACAGCCUACAGUCUCGGGCUCUCUGCCAUUUACUCCUCGGAGGUGUUAAUGGCCUUUUGCCAGACUCUGUUGCUCUGCCCAAGCUUGUUAAGGAGAUGGUACCCUCAAACCUGUGGGCAGAAUUCAGUGACGUCACCCUCGAUAUGGUCUCCGCCCGACUGACCUACUCCUGGAACCACCUCCCUCGCCUUAUUCGCCUCGGGCGACCACAGAGGACCAGCCUUGGCAGAGUAGUCCGCUGCAAAUAUGUUGAUGCAGAGUAAAGGUCAACUAUAACUGGUAUUACUGAACACACAGUGAUGAACUGCUACAUAUUUUAAGACAUUUAUGUCUCUUGAAAUCAGUGUUUUUGUUAAAUUCUGUUAAAAAAUAUUUUUUUGCCUCCAAGGUAGCAGCCAAAGCACUAGAUUAGACCAUUAUGGUAGCAUUACAAAGGUACAGCAGUACAUCAAUCAUAUCAGUCUUGGUACUGUAUAAAUCAGUAUGUACUGUAAUUGAAGAAUUCGCUUUAAAAUGUUGCUUGAAUUUCACUUUUGUAAUGAUUUUCUUUUUGUGCAAAUUUAUUUAUCAUAUCUGGAGAGACAUGUAGAUUUUUAAAACAAAAAGGACCAGUGACUGUUUAUACAUUUAGUCUAGGGGUCAUUUCAGAGAAAAAAAAAACCUUUUUUUGUUUUUAAAAGAUGUCU